AUGUCACCCUGUGGCUAUGACCUUCGCUAUGACCUUUCCGAGGUUCGGCCUCUGGUCAUUUAUGUAAAGAAUGAAUUGCCGGUACGUUUAGUUGAAAUACAGUUAGCUAAAGCAAUUCGUAAAAAUUCAAUUUGUAUUAUUGCUGGUGAAACUGGAAGCGGAAAAAGUACUCAAAUACCUCAGAUUUGUAUUGAAAACGAUUUGGCAGGUAGUGGUAAUAUAGUAAUAACACAACCAAGGCGUAUAGCUGCUAUUACAAUUGCAGAAUGUGUUGCCCAAGAAAUGAACUGCAGUCCUGGUGAACUGGUCGGUUAUAAAAUACGUUUUGAAAAUGUUACAAAUGAGGAAACUAGAAUUAUUUAUGGUACGGAUGGAAUAUUUUUGCGUGAAGCAUUUUAUGAUUCUCUUCUAUCGCAAUAUUCGAUAAUUAUUGUUGACGAAGCUCAUGAACGUUCAAUACAUACCGAUAUUUUACUUUUUAUACUUAAGUUGAUACAUAAUCAGCGGAAAAAUACGAAAAAUCCAUUAAAGUUGAUAAUAAUGUCUGCAACUUUGGAUACUGAUUUGUUAUCGGAUUAUUUCGAUCAAGCACCUGUGUUUUUGAUAGAGGGAAGAAGAUAUCCAAUAGAAUUGUUUUAUGCAUGUUCUCUAAAAGAGUCAAGAGACGAUUAUGUUUUCAACUGUUUAGCGACUCUUAUGCAAGUUCACCAGUCCGAACCCACCGAUUCUGGUGUGCUUGUUUUUCUUACUGGACAAGAAGAAAUCGAAGCUGCUUGUAAACAGGUUUACGAAAUAUCGGAUCGAUUAGAUAAAAAAAUAUUGGUGCUUCCACUUUAUGCGAAUCUUUCGCCUUCGGCUCAAAUGCGAGAUGUAAGAAAAGUUGUUUUUUCAACCAAUAUUGCUGAGACAUCAGUUACUAUUCCUGGAAUAAAAAUUGUUAUAGAUAGCGGAAAAGUCAAAAUAAGGACAUUUUUGCCUGAUCGUCGAAUUGACGUCCUUCGCGUUGAAGAUGUUUGUCGAGCUUCAGCAACACAACGAGCCGGACGCGCUGGACGUGAAGCACCAGGCAAAUGUUAUCGACUUUAUUCCGAAAAAGAUUUUCAAGCCUUUGAAGCUACUGCGAUACCCGAAAUUUUGCGCUCGAAUCUAUCUUCGGUUUUAUUAGAACUGUUGCGUAUUGGUUUGCGAAAGAUUCGAUCACUUUCACUUCCAUCUUCUCCUUCGAUUGAUGCUAUAAAAAGUGCGCAAUAUCAAUUAAGAAUGCUGGAUGCUCUUCAACCAGUUGACCACAAAGGUCGAAUAUUCUUAACGGAUUUGGGCAAUAAGCUUUCAGCUUUCCCCAUCGAUCCUCCAUUGGCACGGGUACUUAUAGCAGCGUCUCAGCAAAAUUGUUUAGAAGAAGCAUUAACCAUUGUAUCUUUCAUGGCAGCUGAAUCUAUAUAUAUUACCUCGUCAUCGGAUCGAGAUGCAUCAAAUAAUUCGCGGAAAAAAUACGAAGCUAUUGAAGGUGACCAUAUCACUUUGCUUAAUAUUUAUCGAGCCUAUCGAUUCGAAAAGUAUGAUAAGAAGGAAUGGUGUAUUACAAAUUUCGUUAAUGAGCGUGUAAUGAACAUAGUCAUCAAAAUUCGGCGGCAGUUGCGUGAAAUAUGCCAGAAAAAUGAAAUGAAUUUCGUAAGUUGUGGUACAGAUCGAACGAAGCUAAGGAAAGCAUUAUGUACGGGUCUGUUUAUGAAUUCUUGUGAAUAUGACCGAUCCUCGGAUAGUUAUCGUUUGGUCCUUUCGCCGGAAACAAUAGUCAAGAUACAUCCUUCCUCUUGUCUUGCUCAUUCUCGACCGACAACAUUCAUUUAUUCCGAUCUCGUUAAAACUUGCGAACUUUAUGCCAGAGAUAUAACUGUAGUCGAUUCGGAAUGGAUUAAAGAAAUAAUCGAAAAGAAGAAACAUUUAUUGGUGUUUCCGUAA